CGUCAUCGUGAGGGCAAGGCUUACUUACUUGAUUGGCAGCUUGCGUGUAUAGUUGUCGCGCGUGCUCCGGCAGCGAGGACAUUCAGUGGAUGUUUGAAUGUCUAACCGGGACAAUACAGACCAUAGGAUAUUACGUUAGAUUGCCCCAGGGACUCGACAGCACGGGCCCAUUCCAUGAGUGCUUAAUUUGAUUUGGGAAUGACUUUCAUGGAGAAUUCUCUGCGGCUCAGUGUUAGCUGACAGAUGAGAGGGGCGUAGCUGUGGGCCACGGGAGCUGGACUUUGGAUCAGCCUGAAGCAUCAGGUCCAGUCCCUCAGAGGAAUGCUUAAGGCUAAAGGAACUGUGAGUGUUGGAGCGGUCUGAUCUGAUAAAGAGAGAGGAUAAAGGCGCACCCUCUGUUCAGUGCGGUUGAAGGCCCACGCCGUUGCUUGUUUGAGUCUCUGGGCUCGGCUGUGAGAUUGUCCUGUGUGCUAUAGGGAAAAUGACUGUGGCCAAUGCCAAGUCCACCACAGCCAUGCAGCAGGUCCUGGACAACCUGCGUGACCUGCCUACCGCCACAGGUGCCAAAGACAUCGACCUCAUCUUCCUAAGGGGCAUCAUGGAGAGCCCCAUUGUCCGCUCCCUAGCUAAGGCUCACGAGCGGCUGGAAGACGCAAAGCCGGAGGCCGUGCGGGACAACAACGUGGAGCUGGUGUCGGAGAUCCUGGACGACAUCGACGGCCUGAGCAGCCAGGACAGCAACGCCGCCGAGCUGUCCCGCAUCCUCAAGGAGCCGCAUUUCCAGUCGCUGUUACAGGCUCAUGACAUGGUGGCCUCCAAGUCCUACGAAGCUCCGCCCUCAAACUCAGAGGUCGCCAACGACGUCGCGGCGAGCAACACUCUGAUGCACGCGGACUCUAUACGGAUGAUCGGAAUCCGGAAGAAGGCGGGGGAACCUCUGGGCGUGACAUUCCGGGUGGAGAAGGGCGACCUGGUGAUCGCCCGGAUCCUGCACGGUGGCAUGAUUGACAGGCAGGGCCUCCUGCACGUUGGUGACAUCAUCAAGGAGGUGAACGGCCACGAUGUGGGCAGCAACCCCAGAGAGGUGCAGGAGCUGCUGAAGGACUGCAACGGAGGCAUCACUCUCAAGAUCCUCCCCAGCUACAGGGAGUCCCCAGCCCCUGCGCAGGUUUUUUUGAAGCCACACUUCAACUACAAUCCAGCCAACGAUAAUCUGAUUCCCUGCAAGGAGGCUGGGCUUGCUUUCUCCAAGGGGGACAUCCUUCAGAUCGUCAACAAGGAGGACUCUAACUGGUGGCAGGCACGCAGUGUUGUGGGCGGAGCCACAGGACUGAUCCCAAGCCAGUUUUUGGAGGAGAAGAGGAAAGCCUUUGUCCGGAGAGACUGGAAUGGGUCAGGAACGUUGUGCGGCACAAUGACUGGGAAGAAGAAGAAAAAGAUGAUGUACUUGACAGCUAAGAAUGCAGAGUUCGACCGGCACGAGCUCCAGAUCUACGAGGAAGUGGCCAAGAUGCCGCCGUUCCAGAGGAAGACGCUGGUCCUGAUCGGAGCGCAGGGGGUGGGCCGCCGCAGCCUGAAGAACCGGCUCAUCGUGCUCAACCCCACCUUCUUCGGCACCACCGUCCCAUUCACGACCCGGCGCCCGCGCGAGGAGGAGAGGGACGGCCAGUCGUAUCGCUUCGUCACGCGGGCGGAGAUGGAGAGCGACAUCAAGGCCAGCCGCUACCUGGAGCACGGCGAGUACGACGGGAACCUCUACGGCACCAAAAUAGACUCCAUCCUGGAGGUGGUGGACACGGGCCGGACCUGCAUACUGGACGUGAACCCGCAGGCUCUGAAGGUUCUGAAAACAGCGGAGUUCAUGCCGUACGUGGUGUUCAUCGCGGCUCCAGAACUGGACACAUUGCGGGCGAUGCACAAGGCUGUCGUCGACGCGGGAAUCACCACCAAGGCGCUAACGGACACGGAUCUGAAGAAGACGGUGGAUGAGAGCGCGAGGAUCCAGAGAGCGUACAGCCACUACUUUGACCUCACCAUCGUGAACAACAACCUGGACAAGGCCUUUGAGGAGCUGCAGGCCGCUGUGAACCGCUUGUGCACAGAUCCGCAGUGGGUCCCGGUCAGCUGGGUUUACUGAGCUCUGGUACCGGCCCGGACCCGGUCACAGCACCAACCUCGCCCGGGGCAGCGGCCAGUGACGCGGAGCCGCGCUCAGACCACGCCCACUUCGGCUGACCGCCUCCCACCAGAGAACCCGCUGUACACUACGCAACUUUUUUUUACUCAAACCGAAGGGAAGUGUACUUAUUUAUUUAAAUUUUUAUAACUUUUUAUGGAACAACUUUCUACUCAUAUCUACUUGGAAACUAAACGAUAUCAAACAAAGCAGAGCGCACAUUUAGUUUUUUUGGAUUUGCUUUUUUUGUAUUGCAGUUGUACCAAACAGAUGCUGUAUUUUGAUCUCCUUAUUACAAGAAAAGACUACUCAAAACUAUUUAUUUGGAAAAGGUUAAGAGUGUGGUUUUUCUAGGACAAGUCACUACAGCAUGUUAGAGUACAAGGACCAUUGUCCCUAAUCAAACCGUUUACAAUUCAUGUCACUACAGUAACAGCAGUUUCUCUUACUGAGCCUCGAUAAUUGUUCAUUCUUUCCCAAUCUUACAUUAGAAUCUCUCUAAAUCCAUACUGUCCCAACCUAUGUAACCUUAACUCACAUGUGUACUUUAAACCAAAUAAUUGGCAAUGUUGGCAAAAAAAGCUCAAAAUUAGAAGUUUAGAUAUUUGUCUAAAGCUUGUCCAAAUUUUUUUUAGUUUGUUUAGGAAGGUUUGUUUUUGAGCUGAUCUGAUUUAUUUGUUCUCUGUGGCAUAGCUGAAUGAAAGGGUUUUCUUUAAUCAUUGAUAUCUGUGGUCUUUAAUGAAAUGCCGCUCCUUUCACAAGGCUCUGUGCUCUGUGGUUGUAUGUGUAUCUUUCAGGUUUUCCUGUUCUGUGUGUAGGGUUGUCUCCUGUGUCUGGGGCACACAUUUACCCCAAUCAUGGAGGGCAGGGAGGAAACGAAGCCCCUCCCUUUUAGUCAUGUCAUUAAAUGUCAUCACCAACCGUUUUCAACUGAUGGACAUGCUAACGCUACACAUUAAAAUGCAGACUUGUAUUUUUAGAUGUGGUUAGUAAUACUGAAAUAAAUUUACUGGAGGUUUCGGAGA